AUGCCUCCGCAGCAAACACUUGCUGGCCGACCUGAUCAUAUCUAUGAUACGAUGCAAUCGCCCCUCCCCCAAUUACUUGGCUCUGCCAAGAUAUCGCUGAUCGUCGACCGACGAUAUUUCCAGGUUGCCGCCACCGUUGCCCAGGAUUACGAGGUCUCGGACAUACAGUGCAGCGGCGCGGGAUCGGCGGCCGAUCUGCUGACGGCGAAGAUCAAGAGGCCGGUCGGCUUCAGAGGCACGCCGCUCUUCGCCGACGACAGAUCGGCGAAUCCGCUCGCCGACAUUCACUGCCAGAUCAGGCCGGACCCGAACGAUCCGCAGGAGGAUAACUACUUCCUGAAGGUGACUGACUUCUCCCGAUGCGGCAUUCUCAAGAGAAACGGUUUCAUCCACCUGCGCGUGUGGUUCCCCGCGUUUCCCGGGGUGGUGAUGCUGGCCGACCAGGAGCUGAUCCUCAUGUGCCGGCCGCCCGAGCCGACGCUCUUGAGGCACAAGGCUGCCGGUUUCGCCGGUACAUUCCCGCACGGCGCCCGGGUGUCCGGCGUGGUGGAGGAGACUCCAGGUCGACUCGAGUACGAGGUGGCCCUUUAUCGCGAGGCGACCGGCAACGUGUCUGAUAGCUCGCAGACGGUCGACCAGGCGGUACCGAUCGGCACGAAGCUGCAGCUGCGCGCCCGCAUCAGCCCGGACAGCGCCUGGGGCUACAUCAAGCUGCUAGAGGUGACGGUCAGUCCGGACCCGGAUCAGCCUCAUGCCCCUGGCAGCGUUGUGCUCGUGAAGGACGGCUGCAGGAAUCGCGAUUUCGCGUCCAUCAUACCGCACCAGCCGGCGAGGUAUCGCGAGCGCAAGAACGAGGUCUUCCUCGAUUUUGAGGCCUUCCUGCUCAGCUCGAUGAGGGAGCGCUCCACCCUUUGGAUCCACUCGCAGAUCAAGGCGUGCAUGGAGCCGCAAGACUGUCAACCGGACUUCUGCCUAGAUCUGUUCGAACCCUCAGGACACGGGAAAAAAAGGAAAAGAGCAGUGGAGGCGAAUGUGGAAGCGUCGGGCGAGUUUCUUCCAAAAGUCGAGCGUUUAAUCAAAAGGUACAACGAUUCCACGCCGUACACAAAGUUUAAGGAGAAUAUCGAGUAUACAGUCAUGAUGCCAGACGACUUGUACGAGAAGGUGGCGGCCGGCCUCGAAGGUAGCUGCGGAAAUUUCCUUUAUGUGGCUACGGGACUGGGUGCUCUGCUGGUGUUAUCGGCCUUUAUCAUGUGCUACUUGGCAUCGCGCCUUCACAGCGUGUCCUCGACGGUACAGCAAAAUAAAACUAUCGACGAACUUGUCAGAGAUCGCACCAGGAAAUAUUGCGACACCAUAUCUGGUUAUACCGGACGCUCGACGGUGCAAUAAAGCAAUGUACGAUUGAGAGGGAGAGAAAGAGAAAAAGGGAGUCGCAAAAGUACUUUAGCGCGUAAAAGUACUCCUCGCGAAAUGUAUAUUAUACCGCGACCUAACGCGUAACGCGCAUCGUACAAUCAGUGUAACGACACUCUGGAAGUCGGAUGGACCGACGUUACUCGCAAGGCUUGGAAGGAGGGCAACGUUACAUUUAUAGGCCGCUUGUCUUCCUACUUGAAAAAUGCAGAACACUUGUCCUACUUCAGAGAUGUAACGAGAUGCGUUCAGAUGCUAUCCUAACGUUUCAGAUUUUUGCUUAGAUACGCGCCGCGCGUUACGUAUUCAUCGAAGAACGAUUCUUGCGAGGAAGAAAAAUUCCAGAUCGCGUUCGAUUGAGCGAGCGAUGACGCCUACCGUGGAAUAAAAAUAGUCUACCGCGAUGGGGAAGCUCGAGGACGCUGGUCGUGGCGAAACAGCACGCUAUUUAUGUAGGAUAAAAUCAGUUGGAGUUAAUGACGAGUGUUAGAGUGAAGAUAAAUUGAUAAUUUAUGAAAAGAACGCGUGUCUUGCCGCAUAGACUUAGAGAUAUGCCGAUAAAAACGUCAUCCGCUAUUUUGUAAUGUAGAUACGGUAGCAAGUCUGCAUUAGAACAUGUGUUUACGUUUUUCUGAGGAAGCGCUGUGCUUAACUGAUUAAGGUGAUUCUCCUCUACGUUAGUUGCAACAUAAGAGAUUCUUUUCAUUUCAAUUUCUUAAUUCCCUAACGCCGAUAAAAAAGCACUCAAAAGUAAGGAAAAUCAAUUUUGAAUUUGUUAUAUGCGUUGUGAUUGUGGUUGUCCAGCGCACGGUACGUCAAUCGUACCGUCAUAAAAAAUAUAUUUGCUCGAGUAAGUUGUGCCGCAAAGUAGCGAGGAGAAUAUUUUAUUGAAGAACCGAGUUUUCCUUAACUCGAGUGCUUCUUUUCCUGAGUCGAGGAACAUUUAGAAUUGAUACUAGCCAACUUUUACUACACACCCAAUUCAUCCAACGUCGCGCACAUCACGCAGUUUCAGCUGAAAGUUUCACGGUCUAUCGAUAUUGCUCAAAUACAGAAGGUAGUCUCGCUGUGACGAGCCUCUCAAACGUGCAAUGCUAUCACGUGACCUGAUGAUCCAAAUGAGUAGAUCCAUCGAUCGCUCGCGUAAUUAUGUAGGAUAAGAACCUCGCCGAAUGCGGAGGAACUCGACGGGACAUUUUGGGUGGUUGCACGAAUUUAUUUCACUCUGUACAUAAACACAAACAGCAAAAUGCUCAAAUUUUACAGCAAACCCUUUUACAGCGAAUAUUUUAUAUUAUACAAACAUACAAAAGUUCAUAUACAGUUUCCCAAUUAAAUAUAUUUAAAAAAAUAACUUUUGAAGAAAUUUUAAAACAAUUUGUCCAUAGCAAAAAAUUUAUAAAAUUUCAAACAGGCACUUAAAAUCUUACUGAAAAGAGUUCAAUCUUUCAAUUUAAUCAGCGAUACUUUACAUUUAAUAAUUAUUAUAAAUUAUUCUAGACGUGGUAGAAUAUAUUUAGAACGAUUAGUUGUUCUUGGAACGUUCAAAAUAACUUGACGUGCAGCUAUUCUAAAAACAACUCAAUUAUUAUUAUAAAACGCUUUAAAGAUCCUUAACGUACAACGUUUUAAAAAAUUCCGCUGUGAAAGGGUUAAAAUAUUACGUAUCUAAUAAUAAUAAUAAUAAUAAUAAUAAUAAUAAUAAUAAUAAUCGAAUGAAGAGAUGCAUUCUAAAUACGCCGCGCAAAGUAGCGCAGCGCGAGGAUCGAUAAUCCUUAGCAAUCCGCGCGGAGAGGUAAUUAAAGAGUGUGACACACUAUAAACGCGACUAGACGUAGAUUAUCGUGUACAAUGAGUAUUUAUUAUAAAAUAAAAGAUCAAACAAUAUA